AUGUCCAUGAUGGCGCUUCGCAGAAAUCCGUACAGGAAGUGCAAGAUUGAAGAGGUGGUGGAAACGCCCGUUGCUGGUCAAGAAUGCAAGAAGAGUAGGAGAAGCUGCACAAUUGAAGUCCCACCGAUGCGACCCGCUGCGAAGAUCCAACGAGUGGCCCAAUCACUGUACUAUGAAGCCAAAGAUCAAUUUUACCAUUGCAACUACUUUGCCAUGUCACUAGACAACUUCCCCGCUACGACACUGGAAAUGCCGACUGGAUGGGACUGCAGCAGAAUAAAGAAGAUGCACCUCGAGCUUCAAUUAAAAGAUGCACAACGAAUGAACAGCUACAUCGAUUGGACUUCUCUUUUUGCACAAUUUCCCUCUCUGGUUCACCUACGGAUCGUUCCGAGUUUCCAUCCACGGUACUACGAAUGGGCACGGUUAGAGCUCGAAGACUGGAAAAGAGCACACUUCAUCUUCCGGGCUUUCUUCCGUGAGCUGUUAGCAUCGAUACCCGAGCAACUCACGUGGAAGCUUGGGCAGUCGAUGGACCCACAAGAGCACAUGCAACUCGAAGGGAGAGCGCCUGUUGCCAAAAAGGUGUUGUGGGAUAUGUAUUCUGAGCUAGGCACCAGGCGAGGACGUUGCAGAGAAACAGCGCAGGUUAUCGACUUUGCUCAGCGGUGA